AUUCAUCAUUCUACUCUAUAGGUGUUGUCAUUGAUGGAUUUUUGUUACCAGUUUAAAAAACGGGAUGUUUUUCUUUUUUGUAAAUAAUUAACUAUAUAAUAACAGCCGAAACAGCAUUAAGAAAAAAUGAUUCUCGCAAAUUCAUUGUGGAAAUCUCAUGUAGUGCGGCAUUGUCAGCAAUUUAUUCGCUUACGAAGAGGUUAUCAUGCCAGUGUUUCAUCUAUUCUAACCACACUUUCUAGAAAUUCUAAUGUUUCGGACAAAGUUCAGUUAAGAAAUACUUAUUAUAUUAAGUCCACUGGAAGAUCUAGUAAUUUAUUUCAAUGGGAUAAAGGAGUUCAAGUUUGUUCGAUAGGUUACAGAUUUUAUGUAAAUAAGGGUACUGAAGAGGGCCCCCCUCAAGAUGAAUACGAUGCACAACCACAUUUACCAGCAACUGUUGCUGUUCCCGAAGUGUGGCCACAUCUUCCUGUCAUUGCCAUUAGUAGAAAUAUUGUAUUUCCUAGAUUUAUUAAGCUAAUAGAAAUAACAAAUCCUCAGUUAAUGGAAUUAAUUAGAAGAAAAGUGAAGUUGAAUCAACCCUAUUGUGGUAUAUUUCUCAAAAAGAAUGAAGAAAAUGAGUCAGAAGUAGUUAGUAACUUGAAUGAUAUCUAUAAAGUGGGUGUAUUUGCACAAAUCCAUGAAAUGCAAGACUUGGGAGAUCGAAUAAGACUUGUAGUAAUGGCCCAUCGAAGAAUUCAAAUUACAGGGCAACUAUUUGAAUUUGAUGAUGACCCUCCUCCUAAAGAAAUGAAACUCAACUUUCCUCUUUUUAAAACAACAUUGAACGUAUUUGUAGAGGAAAACGAGGAAAAGGGGAGGCGCAACAGGCGAAAGAAAUCAAUAGCGCCGACAGUAAAAUCUGCAGAAACUGAAAAGAAAGUCACUGAAACUGAAAAAAGGGAAAGUGAAGAAAAAGUCAGCAAAGAAGCGAAACCAGAGCCAGUACUUAUGGUUGAAGUAGAAAACAUUAUACACAACAAAUUUAGACAAAAUGAAGAAGUUAAAGCAUUAACGCAGGAAGUUAUCAAAACAAUAAGGGAUAUAAUUAGUUUAAAUCCAUUAUAUAGAGAUAGUUUACAACAAAUGAUGCAUCAAGGACAAAGAGUUGUUGAUAAUCCCGUAUACUUAAGUGAUUUAGGAGCUGCAUUAACAGCAGCUGAACCCCAUGAACUUCAAGAAGUCUUAGAAGAAUUAGAUAUUCCAAAAAGGCUGAUGCUCACCUUGUCUUUAUUAAAAAAAGAAUAUGAACUUUCAAAAUUACAGCAAAAAAUUGGUCGAGAAGUUGAAGAGAAAGUUAAACAGCAUCACAGAAAAUACAUUUUACAGGAGCAACUUAAGGUGAUAAAAAAGGAACUUGGUUUAGAAAAAGAAGACAAAGAUGCCAUAGCAGAGAAAUUUAAAGAACGUAUCAAAAACAAAACCCUACCAAAAGCUGUACAAACUGUAAUUGAAGAGGAACUAAGCAAACUUAGCUUUUUGGAAAAUCACAGUUCAGAAUUUAACGUUACUCGAAAUUAUUUGGACUGGUUGACUUCUAUUCCAUGGGGUGUUAGAACUGAAGAGAAUUUAAACAUUGAACGUGCAAAAGAAAUUCUAGAAGAGGACCAUUACGGAAUGGAAGAUAUUAAAAAACGUAUUUUAGAAUUUAUAGCAGUCAGUCAGCUGAAAGGAAGCACACAAGGGAAAAUUCUUUGUUUUCAUGGACCACCAGGAGUUGGUAAAACGAGUAUAGCUAGAUCCAUAGCGAGGGCCCUUAAUCGCGAAUAUUUCAGGUUUUCUGUGGGGGGGAUGACCGACGUAGCAGAAAUAAAGGGUCAUCGGAGAACAUAUGUGGGCGCCAUGCCAGGAAAAGUUAUUCAAUGCUUGAAAAAAACUCGGACCGAAAAUCCUCUUGUUCUGAUAGAUGAAGUUGACAAAAUAGGAAAGGGAUAUCAAGGAGACCCUAGUUCAGCAUUACUAGAACUUUUAGACCCAGAACAAAAUGCUAACUUCCUGGAUCAUUAUUUGGAUGUCCCAGUUGAUUUAUCGAAAAUUUUAUUCAUUUGUACGGCAAACGUCACCGAGACCAUUCCAGAGCCUCUAAGAGACCGAAUGGAGAUGAUAGAAAUGUCCGGUUAUGUAGCAGAAGAAAAAUUGGCGAUCGCAAAACAAUAUCUAGUACCGCAGGCGAUGAAGGACAGUGGUCUCAAGGAUAGCAACAUUAAAAUUGAUGAUAGUGCACUAACUCUGCUGAUUAAAAAUUAUUGCCGAGAAUCUGGAGUUAGGAACUUACAAAAACACAUCGAAAAGGUAGUACGAAAGGUGGCGUAUAAAAUAGUUAAAGACGAAACCAAGUUUGUGGAGGUUACAAAGGAUAAUUUGCAAACAUUCGUGGGCAAACCAAUGUUCACUCAAGAACAUAAAGUAAAGAAAUUGGAAGAACUGGAUAAGAGCGAUAAAAAAAGGCAUAAGGAAAUAUUUAGAAUAGGAAAGGACAACUUAAAAGAAGAAGUGAAAGAGUUGGUAUUGGAAGAUUUGGAAAUAGAAAAUUGUGUGGAGAAACAUGUAGAAGAACAGAAGAAAUGA